AUGUACUCUUCAUCUAUACCAAGUCCGCCAUGGCACCCAGGUCCGAACCUUGACCGAACACCUCCCUCGCCUCCUCUGACAUCGCCAGCUUCACCCUCACGCACAAGUCGCCUCAGAGCUUUGAGUUACUUGCGAAGCUACACCCAAAGCCACAUCCUCUCUCGCGAUAGUCACAGCGGUUCGAAUACUCCAACCAGAACAGGAAGACCAGGAGUUGCGCGGGCCAGCAGCUAUCCUUCACCCUCCCCAUCGCCUGCUGCUGCAGCUACUCCUGCAGCAUCCUCAACCCCACUCCAGCAUCAGCUCUCGAGACAAACAUCUCCAACUGCGCAACGAGCUACAAUUACCGCCGACGUAACUUCACCAGAUAGUCACGCUAGCAGUACGGACAACUUGGGUGAGACCAGUGGGUGGUUGCCAACAGUUGGUGGGCUCAGUGCGGUGUCUCGUGUUGCAUCAGAACCUCAAUCCACCGCUACUGCUUCUUCUUCUGCGGUCCUGGCAGGUAACGAUCCGGCUACAGGAUCGACAGCUACAAACUCGAUGGCUCGAACUCGUGCGGCGACCAUUGGGGCAGAUAUUCCGGAGGGGUCAGAGGCACAGAGGAACCAGGCUCCCGGUCAGAAUGGUACUACGAAAGGAAUGGCUCAUCAGCUUCCCUCGAUACGAUUCCUAGCACAUCAAGAUCCCCGAGCGACAAGACCAUCACUGGCAUUCCAACAGAUGGCACGAAUACUGCCAACCGGGACUGAAACCAUCAAAGUAGGCAGAUAUUCGGAAAAAGAUACCCAGCCAUCGGCGGCAGCGAAUGUGCCAUCAGCGGCACCUGUUGGAUUCAAGUCUAAAGUGGUCAGUCGGCGUCAUUGCGAAUUCUGGUGCAAAGAUGGGCGAUGGUUCAUUAGAGAUGUGAAGAGCUCUUCAGGAACGUUUCUCAACCAUAUACGACUCAGUUCACCCGGAACCGAAUCGAAACCAUAUCCAGUCAAUGAUGGAGAUAUUGUUCAGCUAGGAAUUGAUUUCAAAGGAGGAGAGGAGAUGAUAUUCAGAUGCGUCAAGAUCAGAGUCGAGCUAAAUAAAGGUUGGCAGGUUGGGCCCAGCAGUUUCAAUGUCCAAUCACAUAAAAGACUUAGAGAGUUGAAUAACCUGGGGAAAUCAACUGGUGGUGGAUCUUCACAAGAUUGUGCGAUUUGUCUUGGUCCAAUUGCUCCCUGCCAGUCACUGUUUGUCGCUCCAUGCUCGCAUACCUGGCAUUAUAAGUGCAUACGAGUUAUCAUCAACGGCCCUCAUUGGCCACAUUUUAUCUGUCCAAAUUGUAGAAGUGUUGCGGAUCUGGAAGCCGAACUCGACGAUCCAUCGGCAAAUGCAGAAGACUCAGCUGGGGUAGAGGAUGAUGGCGGAAAUGAGAUCAAUCAUGGGGUUGGGCUUUCGGGACAGGAAUAUGACGAAUUAAUGCACAGGCUGGAAGGAGAGCCUCAAGAAGUUAAAGAAGCGGUUUUGCAGGCCACAACCAGGAGAUUAGCACACGAACCUCUGGAGGAAGUAGAAGCGGCAGCUCUUGAGGCAGCGAAACGAAGACACGCAGAACGAUCAUCAGGGACAACGACAGCUCAAAAUGCAUCGGAAGAAACUCACGACGAAGAGCCCGACCUUGAAAUCGGGGACUCAAACGAAGAUUCAGACUCAAAUCCAGAAAAUGGCGUCCACCAUAUGACAGACAAUAUGCAACACCUCAAUGUUGACGCGGCUCCAUCACCUGUAGAAUCAGAAUCACACACCCCUCUAAUAUCCAACUCCACCGUCCCACCAGUCGAUAUCGUCAGCCGCGGCUCCAUCUCCAACGGCUCAGGACGUCAACCAACCGCCCUCAGCAGGCCAAACAUUAAUGGCCGUAGCUCAACUCGCACUCCAAGCCCGAACGGCACAUCCUCCUCUCUCGACGUCGUCCUGACUGGCACUGAAGGGCCAAUGACGCCUCGAAACGACGCAGGUCCGUUCAUCUUCGAUGGGAGCGCGGGCAGAUUGAGUGACGCGCGGCCUAAUAGCGUGAAUCUUGCUGCUGCGACGCAGGGAUCUAUCAGUUGA